AUGCCAAUGUUCAAACAGGGCACGAUGUCUUUCUUAACCGGCGCCAUUCCCGUUAUAUUCCCCAAGACCUAUGCUAGGUCUCGCCAGUUUAUGCUGAUAGGGGCACAGGCUCUGGACGAGAUGCCGGAUUUGUUGACUUUUGUAAUAGCGACGAUUGCUGGCAUCGGUUUGACAGCGAUUUGGAAUAUUUGGAUUUGCGCCUCCAUUCUAACAAUGGGAAGGCCUGUGCCUGAACCCCUUGUUGUUGAAUCUCACAACGAAAUAUAUAUGGGUAUUAUGACGGCAUUUACACGGACACCGGGCCAGGGGCUCGCAUGUUUAAUCGUCUUAAUCACCUUUAUCUUGCAAUUCGAAAGCGGUUCGAGAAACUCCCUAAAAACGGAAUGCGAAGCCCCAGAUGCGAUUAUCUUCUCAGCAAUUAUAUUCACGAAAUUCUUCACCACCCGCUGCGUCAAGAAGUGGUUCGAGAAACUCCCUAAAAACGGAAUGCGAAGCCCCAGAUGCGAUUAUCUUCUGCCCGUCUGCUUUGACGUUCCCAAGGACUGGGGCCCCCUAGGAGCAGCAACUUUCUUCUCUCCUGUCUGUCGUAUGCCUGCAACAUUUAUGCAAAUGCUUGCGGCGGAAAGUUCUUUGGCGCCCCACACGGACACCUUGGCGACAUAUUUACAGCGUCGUUUUUCUUAUUGGAAUGACUGCCUUUUGUUCAAUAACCAACUGCUGCCCGUCAAGCUCGACGAAGCGAAUGGUGGAUAUCUCGAGGCGGCUCUCGCGGGUUAUAUUAGCAUCUUCGUCGCCGUAUUCACAUGGAUCGCUCUUGAGCUCGCCCCCAUCUUCAACAACACAGUCUUUCAAGAAGCCGUAAACGCUGCGUCAUGUGCGGCGGUGAUGUAUUGGUCAAAGGCCGCCGCUGAUGUGUUGUGGUGCAACUCGAUUAACUCUGACACUCUCCCCGUCUAUGAGUCCAGACACUUGCGCCGCAAAUUCCUCGAUCUUCUUCGAAGAAAAUGCGAUAGACAAAUUUUGUUUUAA